CUUCGGGGUCCGGGCGGGCACUUGGGGGGCUCUGAGGGGGCGCUCUGGGGCGCGGGGCAUGAUGGGAGUUGUAGGCGCGGGUAGGACACGGUUGAACGGGGCCGCGGAGCAUCACGGGAGUUCAAAGCACAGCGCCAAUGGCUCUCAGGGGCGCGGGGCAUGCUGGGAGAUGAAGUAACGGCUGGAAGAGCGCUCUACCGGCGCCGCGGAGCAUGCUGGGAGCUGUAGUCCCGGAAGUGGCUCGCACAGGGCGUUUGGGGAUCGGGGAAGGCACUUGGGGGACACUUUUGGGUCCGAGCCGCGAGUGCAGGUCCUCAGCAGGGAAUGUACACGGUUCGGGAGCACUCGGGGGAGCUUGGGGAGCUCUAACCGGGCUCUUUAGGGCGCGGGGCACUGCAUGAGUUUUCGGCACGGAACUGUGUUAUGAGGGGCUCUGAGGCCGCGGGGGAUGACAGGAGAUGAAUUCCCAGAAGCGGCUCUAAAGGGCAUCUGUGGGGUUGGAGCAUUCAGGGGAUCUGGGGACGCUUUUGGGGGGUCACGAACUGGCGCUGAGGGGAUCUUACAGAUCCUGGAGGGUCUGGGGGACACUGAUGGACACACGGGGGGCGAUACCGGGGUUCUGUGGAGCGCGGGGCAUGACGGGAGUUAUAGGCAAAAAGAAAAUGAUGGCGCCGACAGCAGGCACCGCCUCCGCGGUCCCGAUCCCCGGCUCUGAUUGGCUGCGAGUGGUGAUUGGCAGAAGGCUCGGCGAAUGGGCGGAGGACUCCAUGGCCAGAGUGAAGAAAUGUCUAACAGCAGCUCCAUCAGCCACUUCCUCCUGCUGCCAUUGGCACACACGCGGCAGCUGCAGCUCCUGCACUUCUGCCUCUUCCUGGCCAUCUCCCUGGCUGCCCUCCUGGCCAACGGCCUCAUCAUCAGCACCGUAGCCUGCGGCCACCUCCUGCACAGCCCCAUGUUCUUCUUCCUGCUCAACCUGGCCCUCAGCGACCUGGGCUCCAUCCUCACCACUGUGCCCAAAGCCAUGCACAAUUCCCUCUGGGACACCAGCAACAUCUCCUAUGAAGGAUGUGCUGCACAGCUCUUUUUGUAUGCAUUUUUUAUGUCAGCAGAGUAUUGCCUCCUGACUGUGAUGUGCUACGACCGCUACGUGUCCAUCUGCAACCCCCUGCACUACGGGACCCUCCUGGGCAGCAGAACUUGUGCCCACAUGGCAGCAGCUGCCUGGGCCAGUGCCUUUCUCAAUGCCCUGCUGCUGACAGCCAAUACAUUUUCCCUGCCCCUGUGCCAUGGCAAUGCCCUGGGCCAGUUCUUCUGUGAAAUCCCACACAUCCUCAAGCUCUCCUGCUCACACUCCAGGCUCAGGGAACUUGGGCUCAUUGUGCUAAGUGUUAUUCUAUAUUUUGGCUGUUUUGUGUUCAUUGUUUUCUCCUAUGUGCAGAUCUUGAGGGCUGUGCUGAGGAUCCCCUCUGAGCAGGGACGGCACAAAGCCUUUUCCACCUGCCUCCCUCACCUGGCUGUGGUCUCCCUGUUCCUCAGCACUGGCACAUUUGCCCACCUGAAACCUCCCUCCAUCUCCUCUCCAUCCCUGGAUCUGUCAGUGUCAGUUCUGUACUCAGUGGUGCCUCCAGCCCUGAACCCCCUCAUCUACAGCCUGAGGAACCAGGAGCUCAAGGCUGCAGUGUGGACACUGAUCACUGGACCAUUUAAUUAA